AUGCUGCUAAUUAAGCUAAGACACCCUGCUUUAACUGUUAGUCUAGCCCUCAACCUGCUGCUGUUACACUUACCAUUUGUAUAUGGCCAUGAAGUUUUGAAUUCAACUUUACCCUCAGAUUCCUUGGCCACAACUGGCAAUAUAACCAUUUUACAUGAGGUCCAUGAGGAGGGCUUCUCCACCAAAAAAGAUAAACCUUUAAAUCCCGAGGUGUUGCCUCUAAAGCCGGCCAAAAAGAAGCCUUAUACGGCCUUGGAAAAAUCUGCUUUGAUUUAUGAGAAAUCUAAACCUAUAAAGGACUUGGAUUUACAUCCCGUGAUAUUCGAUUUCAAUUUGGGUGAUCUGGAGGAUUUGGAACAUGAGGCCUUUAAGAAAAAAGAUUUGAGUGCGGAAGAGAAAUUAUUGCUCAGAGAUUCCACCAAUAUAGAGGAUGAGUCCACUUUAACCUAUUCGGAAGUGUUGAAAACCCCCGAUUCGGAUUCUUUGCAAGAUGAUUUAAAUGUCCAGGUGGAUUUUGUGGCCACCACUAUGGAUGGCAUUAUAAUAUCCUCCACUGAUCCAACAACCAUUUCCUCUACUUCUACAACUGCGGCUCCUUCUACUGUGGCCUCUUCCUAUGUGGUCACGGUUAGUCCUCAUAUUUUCAAAAUAAUGAAAUCAAAAUCCAUUAAAAAGGGUCGAGAGCUGUUGAAACAUGAGGAUUUGCACAAGGGUUUGAAUAAUCACAAUAGUUUGGAUCAUUAUUUGACGCCACCCGAUAAUACCGAACAUAAUGCCACGGCGGAGAGCCAGCAAAUGGCCAAUGUCUUCCAGAUUUUAACUAACCUAUAUGAUCAUUUCUAUUGGCAGCCUUCGGAUAUUAGAAAUAAAGUUUCCACCGGCUGUGGUUUGGAGCUGCAGGCCUAUCUAACUGCCCUGCAUGGCAACUAUCAUUGGGCUCAAAGGGCCUAUGAUUCCUCAGGCCGCUAUAGAGGCCAAAUUUUCUUUGGCAACGACAAAUGGCUGGGCCAAAAACAAAACUGCUACGAACUCAACCGCCAGCUGGAUCCGGAGAAACGUAAACAUUUCGAAUUUGAGUUCUAUAGUGCUGUAGUAGCCUUUAAUUUGGCUCUGCCCGAAAUGCUACAAUUAAAUUUGCAAAUAGGCGAAUGUCUACCCAAAUCCUGUACAGCCCUGGAUGUACAACACAUCAUAGAAAUGGAUCCUCAUGCUCAAAUGCUUAUCACCCUGAAUAACUCUCAACUGGCUCAAGUGAAAAUCCUAAGAGUGCGCACAGUGCCCGGAAUUUAUAGUUAUUGGCGGGAGUUGAGGUUUCAAAUAUUUGCCAGUUUUCUAUUGACUUUAAUAUUGGUGGUUUUAGCGGCCACCUGGUUCCAAGCUAAGCUCACACAAUGCCAGCUAAAUCAGGCACCCAUAGCGGUAAUAAGUGGUUCUAAAGUAGAAACACCAGUAAUACAUCACAUAUCCAGUGAUAAUGGCAAAACUUUUGAAUUGUAUCAAAUGUCUAAUCUAAAUGAGAAUAACAAUGUGGUGGAUAUGGAAACGGAGGUGAAUGGUAAAAAGAAUUCGGGCUCCCAAACGCAAUAUAAUAUGGCUCAAGAUAAUAAUGGUAAUGGAAAUGGUUGCUCAAGUCAUGCUCAGGAUGUGGAAUACCGCAUAGAGACGACUAAUAAUGCGGGGACGGGAGGAUCUUAUGAAGCCAAGCAACCUUUGGGUCUUCAUGAGCAACUGCUGCUGUGUUUUGCCUUUCAAACAAAUGCCAGUUCUAUUUUGAGUAUAGAUCAUCAGAAAGAUACACAAACAUCCUGUGUACAUGGUUUACGCGUCAUCUCCGUUUUAUGGACGAUAAUGGUGCACACAUAUUUGCAAAUGUUUAAUAUUGGAGAAAAUCGAUUUAGACGCAUCUUGGCCGAACGUUCGCCUUGGUAUCAAAUUGUUGGCAAUGCCACAUUUUCCGUUGAUACAUUUUUCUUUAUAAGUGGCUUUUUGGUAACUCUAUUAUAUUUGAAGAGCUUGAAAAAGGAUUCAGAGGAUUCCACGAAAUAUGAGAAAAAAGGUUUUGUCGAUACUGUUAUAUUGGUGGUGUAUCGCUACAUACGCUUAACGCCCGCAUAUUUUUUUGUGAUAUUUUUCAAUGAUUUUGCCUUGAGACAAACUUUUGAUGGUUCGGUAUUCCAGCCCACUGUCUUGCCAAAUACCUGCAGCAAAUAUUGGUGGCGCAACAUAUUGUAUAUAAACAAUUUUUAUCCAUUAAGCGAAAUAUGCAUGAUAUGGAGCUGGUACAUGGCUAAUGACAUGCAAUUCUAUAUAAUGGCCACCGUGUUGCUGAUACUGUCCUCCAGACGUUUUAAAACCAUGAUCCUGACCAUCUGUGCCUUUCUUGUGUCAUCCUGGGGUGUAUCGGGCGUUAUAUCGCUGCGCUAUCAUUACACACAUAAAGUAGCCAAACCCUUUGAGUCAUUUGAUUUUCUGUACGACAAGCCCUGGCAAAGAGUGGGACCCUAUAUAAUGGGCAUGCUGGCUGGCUAUAUAAUAUUCAAAGUACGCACUCCCCCCAAGAUAUCGCAGCGAGUAAAUAAUUUACUGUGGCUUUUAAGUAUGGGCUUGAUAUUUCUCAUCAUAUUUGGCGUGUGGCAGGGGGAGUUGAAUGAGGUGACCACAGCAUUUUAUGUGAGCAUAGGUCACACUGCCUUUGGUGUGGGUUUAAUAUGGGUGGUGUUAUCCUGCUGUUGGAAUUUGUCACCCACCAUGAAUCGUAUUUUAUCGUAUCGCUGCCUGUGGCCUUUAUCGCGCCUAACUUAUUGCACUUAUUUGAUACAUCCAGUUAUAAUGCUGAUAACCUCCUAUCGCAUGGACGGCACCAUUCACAUGAGUAUGGUUUUCAUUUUGAUCAUAUUCCUGGGCAAUGCGGUGGUAUCGUUUAUCUUUGCAUUUUUCAUAUCGGUGGUUUUUGAGGCACCGGUUAUACGGCUGCUUAAGAUCAUAUUUCGUAAAUAAAUAGUUAAAAGGGGCAGCGAGAGAGUGUGUAAAUAGAAAAUUAUACUUUUUUUUGAUAUUCUAGUGACUGUUUUUUUUUUUUGUAAUAUUAGUGAGAAUAUUAGUUUUAGUAUGAAUUAGUUUAAGUAAAGGUUAGAGGUGGUUUAGUUUAAG